AGAUUAAACGAAACCAUUGUGUCAAGAAGUGCGAUGGAAAUCAAUUUUAAGGGUAAACGUGCUUUGGUCACCGGUGCAACUCAAGGCAUUGGAAGAGAUAUAGCGGUACAAUUACAUAAAUGCGGUGCCAAUGUGGUGGCGGUUGGAAGAAAUCAAGAACUCUUAAAAUCAUUACAGAAGGAAUAUUCGAGUAUCGAGAUUAUCCCUCUGGAUCUAUCGGAUUGGAAGGCUACAGAGGCUAGUUUAUCCAACAUUGGACCGAUAGAUUUGUUGGUUAACAACGCAGGUUUAGCCAUUUUAGAACCUUUGACUGAAGUCGUAGAAUCUCAUGUCGACAAACUGUUUGACAUAAAUGUGAAGGCGUUAAUUCACGUGACGAAACUAGUAAUAAAAAAUUUGCUAGCUAGAAAUGUCCCAGGUUCAAUUGUGAACGUUUCGUCCCAAGCUUCUAUGGCUGGACUGCUCAACCACACAGUUUACUGCGCUACCAAAGGAGCGGUGGACGCCUUCACCAGGGCAGCAGCGUUGGAAUACGGGCCAAAAGGCAUUAGGAUCAAUUCGGUGAAUCCGACGGUGAUUAUGACCGAUAUGGGGAAGUUGGGGUGGUCGGAUCCUAAGGUUUCUGAGCCAAUGAUACAAAAGAUUCCUUUGAAAAGGUUUGGGGAAGUGCACGAAGUGGUGGAUGCUGUUCUCUAUUUGCUAAGUGACAAGUCCAGUAUGAUUACUGGAACGACAUUGCCAAUUGAUGGAGGAUUUUUGGCUUGCUGAAGCUUGUUUUGUGAUA